GAUGGUUUCUUCCAGUUUUACCAGUUGAAAUCAUACUACAGUAAGUGAAUCCUAAAAAGGCAUUGUUUGUGCCACAUCAUGACGACAGGUUAGACGACUUCACGGCCAUUUUCACCCGAUAUCGCUCUUCCUCCCAACAGCUGUGCAACUACUCUUAAAUGUUCAACAAUUCGACAUAAGUCUAACCCACCGUCCGAGAGUUAUGGUUCUUAAACAACACCAAGACGCAACCAGGAAGUAGACGAGACAAUUAGUUAUAUGGCCCCAAUGUGACCGAAGACAGGUAACCUUGCACUCAUGUUUGUGUGGAGAAGAUGGCUCAGAGUGGCUACCCGAAGGAUGGAGUACUGAUCGGCACGUCCCGACCUGGCGUCACGCCCAAACGUGUCAUAAAACACGUCAUCCGGUGGGAGAGCCAAGAACUUAAUUCUGACAUUGACGUGCAGAACAAUGGCCGCCGGAACUCCCGAAACUUCACAGUCACCACUCACGGCGACUACGUCCUACAGGGUUUCCGGCGCCUCAGGGACCAAAAUGACAUGUGCGACGUCACUCUCCUGGUGGAUGACGCGUCAUUUCCGGUCCACCGUGCCGUCAUGGCGUCCGUCAGUGUCUACUUCAAGUCCAUGUUCAAUCAGGAGUUCGUAGAGCGCUCGGCCGCAACGGUUCGGAUUCACGACGUCUCAGAACAGAUUAUGAGAAAAGUGAUUGACUUCGUGUACACCGGGAAGAUCGAAGUGAACGUACAAGAUGUACAGGAUGUUUUAGACGCUGCUAGCCGGUUUCAGAUCAUGGGCCUAAUGGGGGUUUGUCAGAACUUUGUAAUCAGAGAAAUUUCACUAGAGACGUGUAUCGAUAUCCUGUACAUAGCGGAGAGAUACCAUCUCACUGGCGUUGAAAACGACGUGGAUUCCUAUAUUCUUAAGAACUUCUACGCGGUGUCAAAGACGCCUGGGUUCUUCACUUUGAACAUGGAAAAACUUUGUUUCUAUCUCGGCAGUAACCGGGUGAAGGGCUGUACGGAGAUUGACUUGUUCCACGCGGCCACAAAGUGGCUGCGGCACGAGCCUGACAGACUACAGAUGGCGAGCACAGUGGUGGAGAACAUCCGUUUCCCGCUCAUCUCACCGUCAGACCUGGUGCAGUUUAUACAGAGCGCAGAGUUCAUGAGGACAGAUCCCAAAUGCAUGGCUCUACUGAAGGAGGCGGCGGACUACCAGAGGUUAAGAUUCGCCCAACCCGUGCUGGUGUCGCCAAGGACACACAUUCGGUCAGAAUGCAACUCCCUGGUUACUAUCGGUGGAGCGCACGCUGACGGCAGACCUAGUGACGUGGCGUCCUUCUACGACUAUAAGAUGAAGAAAUGGCGGACACUGGUGAACCUGGAGGUCCCCGUGAAGCAUCAUGGGAUAGCUGUCAUGGGUGGCUUCAUCUGGGUCGUCGGAGGGAUGAACAGAAACAGUGAAACUAUUGCUACAGGAUACAGGUACGACCCCUGGCGGCACGAGUGGCUGCAGAUCUCCCAGAUGAACGAGCCGCGCGCGUGUUACCACCUGGCCGUCAUCCACGACAGGCUGUACGCCAUCGCCGGCCGCCAGGGGGAGAACACCAACACCACGUCCAUCACCAUCCUACGGACCGCCGAGCGGUAUAUACCAGAGGACAACAGAUGGGAGUACAUUGCAGAGCUUCCUAACAGAACGGACUGCCCUGCCGGAGCAGUGCAUGUUGGGACGCUGUACAUCUCAGGUGGGUUCGACCAACCAGAGGGCUUCCUACCGCACAUGCGCUGUUACGACGCCAAGUUAGACCUAUGGCAGGACAGAAAGCAAAUGCCGUCUAGUCGGGGCUUUCACUCCAUGGCAGUCAUCAAGAACAAGAUUUACAUCAUUGGGGGACAUGGCAUGGACGACCGUGGUGGUUAUGACACCGACCUACUGGACGUUGACAUCUACCUGCCGGGGACGGACACGUACGAAAAGGGGCGACCCAUGUUGAGAGGACAGGGGUGUUCAGGGUGCACAGUCUUGGAUGGGACCAUUUACGUGGUAGGGGGUGGCUCGCGGGUUUCGGGGCAACCAACAAACGUCAUUUCCGUGUUCGAUUCAGUGAAGGACAGCUGGGGGGAGGUUGUCAUGGAGUUCAUCGAACCCAUGUACGGGGCCGGAUGUUGUUCUGUACUACUUCCGGCUGACAUUAUCACCGAAGAUGUGUGACUUUCGAGAUUUCCACCAGAACCUUUAAAUAACAGUCUCUGAAAUCACCAUCGGUACCAGUAUGGAAGCACCAGUAUGCCUUAAGUUGCCAUGGCCAAUAUGUGAAUUUUUUUUUGCCUACAUGUACAGAAAGAUUAUAUUGCGAUAGUGCCUUUUAAUACGUUAAUCAACCUUAUCAAAGAAAUGGUGGCCUUAACUUUGCAUAUGUUGAUAUGUAAUUGUAUAAAUUGAGCGCCAAAACUAUGUGUGGAAAAUUAAUGGAACAGGCAGGAUGUAGACGGGUCUACUUCAGUCUGCUAAAGCUGCAGAAGAGAUGUGCGAUCAGACAGAUACUACCAACAUCGCCACAAGAACAACUAUCAGCCUUAUACAUAUCUGAAGCACUAUGUUUUGACAAAUGGUUUAUCUAGCCAUGUUAUAUUAUUUUACAACUAGUGCAGUUUCGACCUGACCCACAAUGCAAUAAUGCCUUUCGGUGCCUAGUGCAGUUUUAACGUGACCUACAAUAUGCAAUGCCUUUCGGUGCCUUACAUGAAUAUUGAGCAAACUGAAUCCUCUAGCAGCAAGCUGUUUGACAUUUUUCGUACCACAGUCACUCUUUAGGUCUCUUGAGUUUCAUUAACACAGCCGGAGCCACAUAGUUCUUCUUAUGUUUCAGUUUGUCACACAGACAGGUUUUACUAAUGUACACAGUGCACCUUUGGUUGUCUGUAACUUUGUAUUAUAGACUUUCGCCUUUUGUUUUCAGUGCACAACUGACAGGAUUACGUUGUAUCUACAAGUGCUGAGGUACACCAUUUCUACAUUAACAAAUCACGCAAAGAGAAAUAAAUUGGGUACGAAACAAUCCGCAUAUUCUUCUGC